GCGGAUCUCUUGCUAUGGUGCUGCUGGUCGCCACCAUGGACCUGUUUCUUCUCCCACCCAACAUUCCCCUCUUUCUCCACACGGGCGUGUCUGCACUAACUGCCGACACAGUUCUUCAACAUCCUCCUCACCAGCCUGCCAGUGGACUAUGCUCUAACAGAAGUGCCCCAUCAUUACCAGAGUGCCCAUUCGACACCCGUGAUACUACUAUGGAUCCCCGUCAGCUUGCGUCUUCUGCUGCUGCAACAGGGCUAGCAAAUCAUCAUGGUGUCGGCACCAGCAGCAGCUUGAGGGUGGAUGCUGCUGCUGACUCUGCUGAGUAUGUUGAAUACGUAGUGGAGGACGAUGUGGUUGCUGCUGGCGAUGGCAAGCACCACGAAGCGAAGGACGACGCUGUGGCUGACGACGACGUUGGAAACGGAGACAAGGAAGAUCACCACCCUUCAGCAGUGAGCAGACGCCAGCUCGUGAGGACUCGUUACACGAUGCGUUGGACUCUACACGACGAGAGCCUGGUGUACAGAACCGCCACGACGAUGAACUUUGGCUCGCGAGCGCCUUCUUUGGAGGACCGAUAUGCAAUUGCCAUGGUUGUUACGGGGACAGUCUCGCCAAUUUUGUACUUCGUCGAAAAGGAUCGGGAUGUGGGCGUCGACCAGUGGAGAAUAGUGAAGGCUGUGCAUUGCGGUUCCUGCGUCCCCGCACAAACCACCUACUCCACAGUGCAUGGGUGGUAUUGGAACGGCAACGGGAGGUUUUAUGGCAUUUUGCUCCUGGACUCGGACUACGUUCUUGUCCCCGACCAUCAGUAUUAUAUGGUGCGAAAGUUGGGCUUGCUGUCCCUUUAUCAAUCGGAGAUGUUCAUUAAUGUGAAGCGACCUUGGGGGCUGGCCAAGCAUCCAAAGGAGGGAACUCUGUACGUAUCGGCGGCUGACAGAAUCUAUGCCAUCCCUCUGGACUCCACGUCCUUCCUCAGCUACCGCAAAGUGCUUGCUGGGUACACGUCCACGACGUCGGUCUUUAAGUCCAUGAUGGACAGCUCGAUCUCCUCUAACGUUCGAUUUGACGUAGCACGCAUCAACCCUCGCUCAAUCACUCCGGAUGGCAGCGUGCUAUAUCUACAAGAUGUUGGAAACGACCGCAUCCGGAUGGUGGACACGGUGACAGGAGCGACUAGCACGGUGCUCACCGGGAGCUCGGUCUCAGGCUUGGGUUCCCUGGAUGCUGACCCGGUCACCGAUCGCGCACCGUUUCGCAAUCCGAGAAACCCCGUUCUCACAGCCAACGGCUGUAAUAUGUUUCUCUCGGAUGGCAGCCGCAGGAUCCGAUGGGUGAAGUUCUCCGCCCCCGGUGGUGAUGUCCUCGAGGUCCGGACACUCGUCGAGAUCCUUAACCCCAUCUACAUCAUUAGCCUUGCUCUUUCUGACGAUGACAGCUAUCUGUACGCGUCGUUGAAUAUCACAAUCAUAGCAAGGUUCACAAUUUCGACGUCGGCUCUUCAUCCGUGUGGACCUAUAAAUACGCCUCCACCGAUCACGCCACCCAGGACACCGGCAUCACCAACACCUACCACCACAGCGGAAGACUCAGAUACACUGCCCACUCCGGAAGAGCCAGAUACCACGCCAACAGUGUUAGAAUCCGAUCCCGCGUCAGUUCCUGACACGCCCGUAACGCCACCAACACCAACGACAACAACACCUACACCUACACCUACAUCGGCAGCUCCUGCGCCGCCAACUACGCCCACGCCUACACCCCCAGCUACAACGCCAGCUCCUCAGCCACCCAUACCUACAUCGCCAGCUCCUGCGCCACCAACUACACCCACACCUAUAACGCCAGCUCCUGUCCCACCCACAACACCGACACCAUCACCGCCAGCACCUGUGCCCGACUCAGAUCCAACGCCCGCUCCUGAGCAACUUGGAAAUCCCACCGACGAUGGGGGACCGACGACAAUCGCAGGAGAAGGAUCGAAGCCAACGCCAAGCGUUGACGGAGACGUAUCGGGAUCCCGGCCAACUCCGACUGAUGACGGAGGAGAAUCGCGUUCGGAUUCAACGACGAGUUGGCCCGCUGGCCAAGGGGGGGGGGCAAGCGCCAAAUAUGUAGCAGCAAACGGCGAGGGUGGUGCAGCAAACACAAGCGGAGCUGGCGCAGCCCCAGGUGGUCAUCCUCAAAGCAAGGGAUCUCGUACUCUCAUCCUGGUUAUGGGUGUGACCAUUGCCGCCCUCGGUGCUCUUGUUCUCGCAGGCAUCAUGCUGUUUGUCAUUCUCAGGAAGCGAUCCAAGAAGACGGCUCCUGGCAAUAAGGGCGCGAUAGAACCACCAGCACCGCCGGCGGCGUUCACGACCAAACGAUGCCAGCUGCAGCAACCCGUCGAGUCUUCCGCUCACAUCUUUUAUCCUCCCGAUCCCAAUCAUCGCGGUCAAAUUGAGCGUUGUGCAUGAAUAAGGAAGGAGUGUCUGGGUCUGGUCUGGCGUGGUAAUCGAUUCCAUGCCUUGAAGCACUUUUUUUUUUUUUUUUUUUUUUUUUUUUUUUUUUUUUUUUUUUCAACAAACAGAAGGCCCCAUC